GUUUGUGAACAAACCUGGCAACCCCUGCCGGUCGGUUCAUUAGUUAUCGAAGGGAAGAUGGUGGACCUGGUGAAAGGAGCGUGCUCAAAACUCCGUCCUAAACACUUCGAAACACAUUUAACAUCUCAACAUAGUGUCAGGUAUAGGUUACCCGGAGACAAUCAUAGAUAAUAUUCGGAGAAACCGGUUAAAACGUGAGACUUUUCCGCCUCUGGGCUCUUUUUUUUUUUUUUUAAUUCUCGGAUUGUGAAGUAAAACGUGGUGCUGAUCGGGACGCUAGCUAACAGUAACCGGAGUGUCCCGGAGGAAGGGGGUCCCUUUUAUUUAAAUCGAUUCAAAUCCACCUAACAAGUUGGACCAGGAGGGUGGUUUUAUUGUAAACUUGUUGCCUCUUUUCCAACUGUUGAAUCUGCGGACGGAACAAGCUAACUAGCUUGUACACCUUUAGCUAGCUCCGCUGUGACCCGGCGGGUCUGAAAGCCGCUCGACAUGCCGCGGAGUAAAAAAGGGAAACGUGGCUCCAGUAAGGCGGGAUCUCUCCGGCAGGAGGUUCUUCAGCUGCAGCUGUCGGCUAAAGCGUCGCUGAAAGGUGUAAAAAAUGGGAUAAAGGGAGAAUCUGCAGCCAGUGACGAUGAGCUGGCAUCCGAUAUUCUGAGUCACUACAGCAGUGCCAGCGAGACCACGUCGGUGCUGGAAGAGGGUUUAGGAGGUGAACAAGUGGACGAGCAGACGGCCCAGGAGGAAACGGAAGACAAGCUCAAACAGUGUAUAGAUAACCUGAUGGAUAAGAGCACAAAAACCCGUCUGGCUGCUCUGGAGUCUCUGCGACAGGCCUUUUCUUCCAGAGUGCUCUACGACUUCCUGACAGAGAGACGUCUCACUGUGAGCGACUGCCUGGAAAGAAGUCUUAAAAAAGGCAGCAGUGAGGAGCAGGCGUCAGCAGCCACACUCUUCAUCCUGCUUUGCAUUCAGUUAGGAGGCGGGGAUGAGGCAGAGGAGGGCUUCAAGAUGCUCCGUCCCAUCCUCACCACCAUCCUGAUGGACAACAGUGCCAGUAUGACCGCUCGCCAGAGUUGUGCGCGGGCUUUGGGGAUGUGCUGCUACGUCUCAACUGCUGAAGAAGGAGAGGAUUUGUGCAAGUCCUUGUCUCUGCUGGAGGGCAUCUUCAUGUCUUCUUACCCCAACAGAGAGGGAGCGCUGCCCACACCCAAACCUGGAAGCUCAGGCCUCCACACUGCAGCCAUUCAGGCCUGGUCGCUGCUCGUCACCCUCUGUCCAGCCUCCAAGCUCUCAGUGCUGCUCGACUUUCAUCUCCCAAAGCUGAAGGCUUGUCUGGAGAGCAGUGAUGUCAACUACAGGAUCGCAGUGGGAGAGACCAUCGCUCUGCUGGUGGAGUUGGGUCGAGACAUCGAUGAGGAGUUUGAGGUGGAGGACUCUGAAAGUCUGUGUGAGAGUCUGAAGAGUUUAGCUACCGAUGGAAACAAGCACAGAGCCAAGAACGACAGGAGGAAACAGCGCUCCAUCUUCAGGGAGGUGCUGCACUACAUAGAGAAUGAGGAUUUCACAGAGGAGAAGAUCAGGUUUGGAAUAGAGAGUGUUUACAUCGACAGCUGGAUGAGGAGAAGAAUCUAUGAUGCCUUCAAGGAGAUCCUAGAGUCUGGAGUCAGACACCAUCUACAGUUCAACCCACUGCUGCGAGACAUCUUUGGCCUCGGACCCCCCCUAAUACUUGACGCCACCAUCAAAGCCAACAAGAUCUCCCGGUUUGAGAAGCAUCUUUUCAACGCCGCCGCCUUCAAAGCCAGAACCAAACAGAGGAACAAAGUCAGAGACAAGCGCGCUGACGUCAUGUGACGGGACAACGGACGGUGGAGGAACUCUGGGUUGUUCUGAGAUGGACCCAUCAUGAUGCCUUCUUCUCUUAACUGUAUCAGAUGCACAGACUCGCCAAAAAGAGUUUUAUACUUCAUACUCCUCGUGUGCUCUUAAAUUUAAGAACACUAAAUAUUUUUAUCAGUAAAAUCUCACUCUAAGAGUCUGGAUGUAUUUUGGAAACUCCAAUUUAGUCCUAGUUCCAAACUUUUCUUUCGUGCAUCAAAGCCCAGAUUCAGUCUGAAGAGUGUCAAAUCAAACUCAGAAAUACUGAAGUCCAUCUUUACAUCUGCCCUUCCUUCCAUCCCUCCUUUUGUUUUCCAUCUUCACCCAGAGGUAACUUCAGCAGCCAAAAUGGGAAAAAAACAACAAACAAUGCAACCUUUAAGAAACUGUGUGCUUUAGUGUGUGUUAGUGUGUUUUACCUUGAAUUAAUUUAACACUUCAGCAUAUAAAAGAAGACUAAUUAAAAUAUGAAAUUACAGAGUUCAUUCUGUCAUCCUUGUGUUCCUCUCGUGUUUGGAAAGGACCUUUAAUAUUUUAAGAAAUGUCUUUUACUGUGUAAUUUAUUGAGAGCUCUACAUUGUUUACAGACAAUAAUGGAAAAAUGGAUAAAGAAAAAUAUUUUUUUCUUUUGUCCUACGUGUAUUUUGAUGAAAAUGGUCAUAAAACUCUCUACAUGUAUGCUCUAGAAAUACUCAACACAGGAAGUUGUGGAAAUAAGAGUUUAUCAUCUAACACUUGAUGGUGUUUCUAUUGAAACCUUGUCCUGUAUAUUAAAACAUAUAUAUUUUA